GGCUUGCCUAGCGCAUGCGUGGUGCUUCAUAGCGUAUGUCACGGCUGAAGGUAUUGUGUUUUUAUUAGCUAGCUGGCAGACCACCCUGUCCUUCCAUUAAGAUCUAAUUUAUCAGGGCCUAAAGUCUAAAUCAUGGGGGACGAACAAGAGAUAAUGUGCAAACUAGAAAACAUUAUGGAAAUACGGAACAAGACAGUACAGAUGCAGAAGAUCAAGUCUCGUCUGAAGUCAGAGUUUGAGUCCCUAGAGUCUGAGGAGAAACAUCUGAAGGAAUACAAACAGGAGAUGGACCUCCUAAUGCAGGAGAAGAUGGCCCAUGUAGAGGAGCUACGACUCAUACAUGCUGAUAUCAAUGUGAUGGAGAGCACUAUAAAGCAGUCAGAGAACGACCUGAACAAGCUGCUGGAGACGACGCGGAGGCUCCAUGAUGAGUACAAACCCCUGAAGGAACAUGUAGAUGCCCUCAGGAUGACCCUGGGCCUUCACAGACUGCCCAACCUCAACGAAGAGGAGGAGAAACUCUCUCUGGAGUCAGUACACAUACUAUACACACACACACACACUCUCACACACACAUCAACUGUUCUCUGUGCUAUCUUCUAUCUCUGUUGCCAUAGUUACUUUGAGAAGCAGAAGGCUGAGUGGCAGAAGGAGCCUCAUGAGCCCACCAUCCCAGAAUCCCUUGCAGCAGCGGCUGCCGCGGCCCAACAGCUCCAGGUCUCCCGGAAACAAGAUGCCCGCCAGACCGCCACCUUCAGACAACAGCCUCCUCCCAUGAAGGUACACAGUACACACCCUCCUAUGAAGGCCUGUCUGUCAUGCCACCAACAGAUCCAUCGUAACGCUCCCAUCUGUCCACUGUGCAAGGCCAAGAGUCGCUCCCGCAACCCCAAGAAACCUAAGAGGAAGCCUGACGAGUAGACACACACACUACCACCUCAUAUUGCUAAAUUUCACAUCUGGAAUUCAGUAAAACAUGUCGUCCUAACCUUUCCCCAUGCCAUGGAACCUACAUUUAGUGUAGUUCUCUUUUUAACAGUGCUUGAGUGUUGAAAUGUAAUUGUUAACCUUAAGGUUUAAUAGACCAUAACCACGUUAUAUGCACUAAUACACAAUACUAUACUGUAGCUGUACCCAUGUUGUGAUUGGUUCUGGCAUUAAAUGUGAAACGUACUGCAUUUACUUGUUACUCUGUACUUAACAUGUUUACAUUGCAUGAACACUCUCCAUGGCUGAACUAUAAUGACUGUGUUGUAACUGUUUGUGAUAUUGGACUGUAUAACCCAGGAAGUUGUUCUAAUGUUUACUGAAGGCAUAAUGGACGGUCACGGACUGAGAAAACCACGAUGCUUAUUUGCUUUUAACAGUGUUUUAUGUGAAACUUGAAUACAAGAAUACAGAAAUAAAAUGUAUUUUGUACUGC